AACUCCACUCUGAUACUCUUCCUAUUCUCAAUCUGUUUGCUUUCCAACCAUGGUUCCUUCUUCCAACUCAUUCUUUCUCUCCUUCACAUUCGCAUUAUCACUUAGUGGGCAAUAGAUUGAUCUUGGUGAUCUCCAGAGAGCAAAUAGUUCAUUUGGGUUUUGGCGUUCCUGCGUCCUUUGAGAAUACAAGAAAAAAGUGUUCCUUUGUUUUGUUUCGUUUUUUUUUGUUGUUGUUUGAAAAUGUAUCAGGCUGUUGCUCGCCGGACUCGAAGCAAGAAACCUUGGGUGGUCGGUGGUGGUUUGACAAUGGGUCGGAAAAGAAGAAAGGUGGAUGAAGAAGAUGAUGAUGAAGUGAUUUGCUUGGGAGAAAAUUUGGAAGGGGAAGGGGCUGCAAGAGAGAAAUUUGCAUCUGCGUCUGGGGCUUCAUGUUCAUCACCAGAUGAUAUGAAGAAUGGUUUCGCGUAUUUGGGAGAGACUGAGGAUGAUCCUGAUCCUGAUCCUGAAGAGGUGGUUGACCUCGAAGGCCAUGAUGGGGCUGAACUGAGGAUUGAUGAGUGUUACGAAACCAAGGGUUUUCAGGUUAAGGAGGAAGAGAGGGAUGAGGAGGGUGAAGGUUGUUCUGUAGCAGCUGUGAGAGCUGAUAAAGGUGAGAGCUUUGAUGAUGAUGAAUACGGUACUAAACCUGAAAAGCCGGUUGUUUUGUUGCCCGAUUCAUUUAGGGGUGGACGUAGUAGUUCUGAUGAUGGAUAUGAUUCGUUGUGGUCUUCAACGGAGAGUGAGGAUGUUGAGACUAGUGACGAUGAUUUUAAGGUUGAUGAGGAUGAUGAUGAUGAUGAUGUUGAGAGUGAAUACUCUAGCAGUGAGGAGAGUGAUUCUUCUGAAGAUGAUGAGAGGAGGGGAUACAAGAUGGUUAAGGAAAGAGUAAGAAAGGUGGUGAGUGAAUCUGAGAGCAGUAGAGUUUGGAGAAGGAAAGGUGAAAGAAAGAAUAAGCAUGUAGAGAAAGAGUUGGUGGAGAAAUGGAAUGGUGGUGAUUGUGCUAGCGUGGCUUCUAGUAAAUCAGAGAUCAAUAAGGAGGAAACAAAAAGGGCACAAGAGAAUAAACAAAGAGCAAACAGAGUAGAGAAUGUCAAUAAUGCUGAUCCUGAAGUUUUGAGUGAUCAGGGGAAAAGUUCAGGUCUCUAUGUGUCUUCUGAUGAUGAUGCACUAGAGGAUAAGGAGAAAGGAGUGAGGGAUCAUAAAAGGGUGUUUUUUCAAAACGAGACAAGAUAUUCAAAUGUGAUCAAUAAGUGUGGGAAAAAUAAUAAGGUCAAGGCCAAUGCUAAAGAAACUGGACAUAAAGAUGAGCUGCAUGAAAUGCUGAGGAUGUCAUCGACAACAAAGAACCACUGUUUUGAAUUCUUCAAUGAAUGCUUUAGGGGCAAGCGUGAUUCUGCUAAAGAUGUUUCAAGAGAUUUGGAUAAGAAGGUUGGUGUUGAUGAGGGUCAGACUCGGCCAUUUGGUUCAAGGGAGACAAUUUCUUUAAACUGGAACUCCAUGAUGAAAGAAAAACCUGUUGAGAAAUCUGAGUCACAGCAAGAGUUGGAUAUGCUGUGGGAAGAAAUGGAGAUGUUGCUUCAAGCUGAAAAAAUUGGAGUCCAGAGUGAUAAUAUAGAGAUAAAUGAACCAAGAGAAAUCGAAGAAAAUCCAGCCAUUCGAUGCAAACAUGACACCAUUUUUGAUGAGCAGAUAGGGAUUCACUGUAGAUGGUGUGGUUGGAUUGAAACUGAAAUUAAAUAUAUCACACCGCCAUUUAUAGAUUCUGAGAGAUAUGGCAGAAGGGUGUCGUCUGGUGGAGGGAACAGCUCGCGACUUGAUGGGGUUCUCUUCAGUGAAUGUGGUGAAGAGUCGGAAGCAGUUAGGUCUCACAAUCAUGGCACAGUUUGGGACCUUACUCCAGGCAUAAAAGAAAGCUUAUUUCCUCACCAACAAGAGGGAUUUGAGUUUAUUUGGGCAAAUUUGGCAGGAACCAUUGAACUUUCAAAGUUGAAGAUGGUUGAUCCUCAGAGUGAGGGUGGGUGCAUAGUUUCUCAUGCUCCUGGAACUGGAAAGACGAGGUUGACCAUGGUGUUUCUGCAGACAUAUUUGCAGGUGUUUCCUAAGUGUUUACCCAUUAUCAUUGCUCCUGCCAACAUAUUACUCACUUGGGAAGAUGAGCUGAGGAAGUGGAACAUAGGAAUUCCAUUCCACAAUUUGAACAAUGCUGAAUUAUCAGGGAAGGAACAUGCCAUUAGGGAAGUUGAUUGGUUAUUCAACCAACAGCAAAAAAAGGAUGUCAUAAGAAUGGUGAAGUUGUGUUCUUGGUACAAAGAGAAGAGCAUUCUGUUAAUCAGCUACAAUCUUUAUGAAAAGCUAGCCGGGGGAAAGUCUGAAGGAGAUGGGGAGAAAGAGAAGAACAAUAGAAAGAAUGGAAAACAGAAGAAAAAUAGAAAGAUCGUAAAAGAGAAGAAACGUGUUGAAACUGAAUUGGGAAAUGUUCUGAGAGACUAUCCUGAUUUAUUAGUUCUUGAUGAAGGCCACACACCAAGGAACAAGCGAAGCUGUAUUUGGAAGGUUCUCUCAGAGAGUAGAAGUCAGAAGCGGAUCCUUCUUUCAGGGACUCCUUUCCAGAACAAUUUUCUUGAACUCUACAAUAUUUUGUGCUUAAUGAAACCAUCUUUUCCUGACAGCAUACCGCAGGAACUCAAGAAGUUCUUGAAAAACAAACUGAUACAGGAAACGAAAGCUUCAAAAGACGAGAGUUGGGAACCCAUUUCUGCUGGAAAUCAAGCCGAUGAAAAGAUAAACCAGCUAAAGCUGCUGAUGAAUCCCUUUGUUCAUGUUCACAAAGGUAGUAUUCUUCAGAAGAAUCUUCCUGGUUUAAGAGACUGUGUGCUGGUUUUGAAGCCAGAAUGCUUGCAGAAAGACAUUCUGGAGAGCAUUGAUUGUUCUCAAAAUGCACUUAACUUCGAGCACAAGUUGGCCUUGGUCUCUGUUCAUCCCUCCCUUUUCCUAAACUGUGCUCUGUCAAAGAAAGAAGAAUCUGUUAUUGAUUCGGAGCUGUUGAAAAGGAUUAGAUUGGACUCUUAUCAAGGGGUCAAAACCAAAUUUCUGAUUGAGUUUGUGAGACUAUGUGAUGCAGUUAAUGAGAAAGUCCUUGUGUUCAGCCAGUUCAUUGAUACCUUAUGCUUGAUCAGGGACCAGCUGGAGUCAGCCUUCAACUGGAGUGUGGGAACGGACGUGUUGUAUAUGCAUGGAAAGCUUGAUCAAAAGCAAAAGCAAUUUCUCAUUCACAAUUUCAAUGAUGCAAAUAGCCAGGCAAAGGUGUUGCUAGCUUCUAUAAAAGCAUCUUCUGAAGGCAUUAACCUGGUUGGAGCUUCAAGGGUCGUGCUUGUUGAUGUUGUUUGGAAUCCCUCAGUGGAAAGGCAAGCUAUUUGUAGAGCAUAUAGACUUGGACAGAAGAGGGUUGUUUAUACUUAUCAUCUUCUUGCACAGGGCACCCCUGAAUGUGCAAAAUAUGAUAAACAGUCAGAGAAGGACCGCUUAUCUGAACUGGUAUUCUCAAGUAGGAAUGUUGAAAAUGAUAAGCUUGAAAAUGUUGGAGUGAAGUUUGAGGAUAAAGUUCUUGAUCUCAUGGUUCAGCAUAACAGUCUCAAGGACAUAUUUGGUCAAUGUCUGGUUCAACCAAAGGACAGAGAUUUGGAAACUUUGGGCCCUUAAUGCUCCAAGUGUUGGAAUUUUUUCAAGUUAUUCUUGGAUGAUUGGAAAAUUGUUUUUGCACAAUUUAUUUGAUACACAAAUUUAUGACUGCCGCAACUGCUGCCAUUAGUUGAAGACGGGAGUUCAUGAUUUAGUUUAUUCUAUCAUGUUUGUUUCACAGUUUAUGGGAAUUUGUU